AUGACCGGACGGGACGCGCUUUCUGAUGGGCGCGUCAGGAGCAGGGUCCUGGUGCCCGGCGGUUCCCCCACGGGCUCACGCCCUCGAAGCUUCGCCAUCACAGACCUGCUGGGUUUGGAGGCCGACCUGCCGGCCCCCGCCGGCCCGGGGCCGGGAUCCAGCUGUGAGAGCCCGGCGGCCUCACGAGGCCCGGGGCCUGGGCUCGGCGGCUCCUGCUUGGCGCGUGGGGCUCUCCCGCUGGGGCUGGGCCUGGGCCUCCUCUGUGGCUUUAGCGCCCAGCCGCCCUCUGCUGCUCGGGCACCCUGUCUGCUUCUGGCCGACUUGCCGUUUCUGCCUCCUGGGGGACCCGAGUCCGCUGCCCCGCAGGGUCCUGGCCACACGCCGCCCGCGCUUCACCGCCAGAAGCGCAACGAGAACCUCUCCACGUCCGAUGAGGACAGCCCAUGUGAAAACACGAGUGACCUGAAGGCGUCCCCCACCCUUGGCAAGAGGAAAAAGCGGAGGCACAGGACGGUUUUCACUGCUCACCAGCUGGAAGAGUUGGAGAAGGCAUUCAGCGAGGCUCACUACCCUGAUGUAUGCCGGGAAAUGCUGGCUGUGAAAACCGAGCUCCCUGAAGACAGAAUACAGGUGUCUGGGGUCUUUCUUCUUCCGAAGGACACUGCAGAGAAUAUGUCACA